CAACUUUACAAACAACACAUGUGCGGCAUGAUGACUGUGUUUUGAUUGACAUCACUGUUUGAUAUUGGCUUGGUCUGGAAAGUAAUCACGAGUAAACAUGUCAAUGAAAAAGUGCCAAGAUGAUGCUCUGCUGGUUCGACAUCUCCCAGCCGAACUGAAUAAAUCUGAAAAAGAGGAAUUAUUAAAACAUUUUGGUGCCAAUGAAGUGAUAUGUAUGAGUGAUAAAGGACCCAUGAAAAAUGCAGCAGUUGCGUUUUUUAAUGAUAACACCAAAGCUACAAAGGCUCUGAAUAGGCUCCAUCAGCUGACUGUACUAAAUCAUCGCCUUGUGGUGGAAUAUGCAAAUAAAUUACCACAACAUUUACUCCCCAGCCAAUCAAUAGAGAAAAAAAAUAGAGACUCAAGUAAAGAAAAUGUUGAAAAAGAAAAAGAAAAGAAGAAGACAUCUCACUUGACUUUACAAGAGCAUAUUCAGGAGCAAAGUAAACAAUUUAUUGGAAUAGCGCCCUCUCUGGGCAUUAAUUAUCCGUCAGAUCCCCGAUUGAAAUAUAUAUAUCCACCUCCAACCAGUGAUAUCUUAACAAAUAUACUACAUGCAAUGAUAGGUGAACCACAGUUUUAUGUUCAAGUGUUACAUUUAAUGAAUAAGAUGAAUUUACCACCACCGUUUGGAGCACUAACACCAGAGCCACCUAUUGAACAUGAUGGUAAAUUUCAAGAAGAUAUCAUUGAAGCAGCAGAAAUGCAGAUAUCAAGCGAAGAAGAAUCAGAGUUUGAGACUGAUGAUGAAGACAAACAGACAUCAAGUGAUAUAAAGAAAGCUCCUGUAAAAAGACCUCUACAAAAAAAGAAAAGCAUGACAAUUAAAAGACCCAAAUUACAACAGUUAUUACAUACACAAGUACCGACAGCACCCACUGGGUCAUCAACAUCUACGUACACACCUGCUGAAAUAUUUGAAAAGCAGGAACAACAGCAAGUCACUAAAAAAAUGGAGUUUAAAUUGUCUGAAUCAUUGCCAGGGAGACGAGUUCCUGAGAGAACAUUGCACCAAGAAUCAUCCUAUGACAUAACCGAAAAAGAAGACAAUAAUACGAGCGAGUCAUUAGAACCCUCAGGGUUUGGUAGAAUAGAACCUGUCAGUGUGCUUCAAGAAGAAGAGGAAAGUAGUGAAGAAGAAACCGAGGAAAGUACAGAAUUUAUCACAGAAAAAGAAUUAAAACAAAACAGAUUAUCAAAAGAUGAGACACGAAAGACGCCUGCGUUUAAAAAUUAUGAUCCAGGAGAACCAACAACAAGACUUUAUGUUAAAAAUGUUUCUAAGCAAGCUGAAGAGAAGGAUUUACAUUAUAUCUUUGGUCGCUAUAUAGACUUUUCAUCAGAUUUAGAAAAAGAUAUGUAA